ACUGAUCUGGGGAAGAUGCAAUAUUUUCUUGGCAUGGAGAUUGAUCAAACACAAGAAGGGAUUUUUGUUUACCAAAAGAGGUAUGCUAUGGAAGUAUUGAAGAAAUUCAGUAUGGAGAAUUGUAAAUCAGUUAGCACUCCUUUGGUGCAAAAUUCAACGUUGAUAAAGGAAGAUGGAGCCCAGAAAUCUGAUGAAAAAAUCUAUAGAAGUUUGGUUGGACGUUUGUUAUAUCUAACCAUCACAAGGCCUGAUGUUACAUAUGUUGCGAAUAUACUCUCUAGAUUUAGACAAGAGCCAAGUGAAAUCCAUUUUCAAGCUGCAAAAAGGGUGCUAAGAUACAUAAAAGAAAAUGUAGAGCUGGGAAUCUGGUAUAAGAAGUCAGAAAAUCUGAUUUUAACCGGCUUUACUGAUAGUGAUUGGGUCGGAUCUAUUGAUGAUAUGAAGAGUACCUCUGGUUAAGUAUUUUAUGCUGGUUCAAGUGU